ACCGGAAGCUGUGUUAUUGCGCUGGCUAGUGGAGCAUAAUGCAAAACUGCUGCUUCCGCACUGCUUCCUUGUUUAUUUAGUUUUAGGAAAAACAGUGCCUUUAAAGUUAAUUGUUUCAUUCUCGGGAAACGGUGGGAACUACUCAACAAGAUUUACGAAUCCACGGCCACUAGAAGUGCUCGCGCAGAGACAAACCCAUAACGUCUAGUCGGGAUCUGACUUUCGGUCUGAAUGGCCACAGCUGCAGAGGAGCCUCCAGAGCUGCAGGGCCUCUCUGGUAACCUGCAGAGUCAGUUCUGGAGGAGACUGUCUUUUCUCAGAGGUAAAAAACGAGCUUCGACUGGGACCCAAAAAAAUGCUUCUCCCGAGAUUCCAAGCACCAGCAUGUCUCCGGCCAUGAAAAAGACUAUCGGCCAUCGUGGAAUUGAUCCCACUGGGGAGACGACGUACAAGAAGACAACAUCUUCAGCCCUGCAAGGCGCUAUCCAGUUAGGCAUCGCGCACACGGUGGGGAGCUUAAGCCAGAAACCUGAGAGAGACGUGCUGCUGCAGGACUUUGAAGUAGUCGAAAGCAUCUUCUUUCCCAGUGAGGGCAGUAACCUGACACCAGCCCACCACUACGGAGACUUCAGGUUCAAGACGUACGCCCCAAUGGCCUUCCGGUACUUCAGAGAGAUGUUUGGCAUCCGACCUGAUGACUACAUGUACUCUCUGUGUAAUGAUCCGCUCAUUGAGCUAUCAAACUCCGGGGCAAGUGGAUCUCUCUUCUACGUCUCCAGUGACGAUGAGUUCAUCAUUAAGACAGUGCAGCACAAAGAGGCGGAGUUUCUGCAGAAACUGCUCCCAGGUUACUUCAUGAACCUGAACCAGAACAAGCGGACCUUGUUACCAAAGUUUUAUGGACUCUACUGUGUCCAGUCGGCGGGUAAGAACAUCCGUAUCGCAGUCAUGAACAAUCUGCUCCCGAGUGCUGUACAAAUGCACCUCAAGUACGAUCUAAAGGGCUCCACCUACAAGCGGCGGGCCUCAGCUAAAGAGAAAGACAAGUCUGUGCCUACAUACAAGGACCUGGACUUCCUGCAGGACAUGCAUGAUGGGCUGUUAUUGGAGGGGGACAAGUACAGUGCUGUUUGCAAGACCAUCCAAAGAGACUGCCUGCUUCUGCAAAGCUUUAAGAUUAUGGACUACAGCCUUCUGGUGGGAAUCCACAAUGUAAAUCAAGCCUGUCGAGAGCAGGCCAGCAAAGAGUCGGUGGUCGGGGCUGUGGACCAACGGAGGCCACAAGGUCAAAAGCCCAUGUACAGCACUGCUAUCGAGGCCAUCCAGGCUGAGGCAGGGAGCAUUGGAUCACCGGAGACAGAGGACCAGACGGGAGGAAUCCCAGCACGAAACUCAAAAGGCGAGAGGCUGCUGGUGUAUAUUGGUAUCAUCGACAUUCUGCAGUCCUACAGAUUAGUAAAGAAGCUUGAACACUCGUGGAAAGCUCUGGUUCACGAUGGGGACACUGUAUCGGUACACAGACCGAGUUUCUACGCAGAACGAUUUCAGAAGUUCAUGUGCAAUGCAGUCUUCAGGAAAAUCUUAUUAAAGACUUCGCCAUCUAAGAAGCGCCGUGCAGUAACACAUGGUCCUUUGAGGAAGACAGCUGGCGCAGGGCCUUUUCUUAUGACCCAAACAAGCAGCAACAGCCAGCACUCUUUCCUCCAAGUCAGCUCUGAGACCAAAGACGAACCUGAAGGAGACCACGUCAUGCAGUCAGGUCGUCCUGACCUCCUCCCAAAGACCUUACCGGCCAGCAGCGCUGUUGGCAACGUUACCGAAACCAGCUUCUCCUCCUCCUCGGGAAACCCUGGAUCUGUUCCCACAAGUCAGCCUCCGUCUCCUUCUCAGGAUUCCUACAAGCAAGCAGGAGUGGAUUUAAACAACACACUAAGCAAAGACCAGGAGCUCAGCUCCCUCAAGAAAGCUCAGUAUGAUGACAGUAUCAGUUCUGAGGAUGUGAUCUCACUCAGUGACAUCGUUACACAAGCAAGCAAAUGCUCCGUGUAAAAGAAUGAACUUGUGAACGGAGACAAACUUGGAGGAAGUCACGAGCGUGGAUGAAUUGUUACGACUCCCCUUGGUGUGAUUUGAGGUAAAGUUUACGGUGCAUCAGCGAGACCAAGAGGGACAUUAAAUGUUGUUGUUUUGCACUAUGAUUUCCAAAUCGAUACAUGGUAUGUCAAUGGGUGGUUGUGUUCUGACACUAGUAAUUGCGGGUACAUUUAUGCUGUGGUUAUUGAACACUAUUAUUCAUCUCAUAGGAAUGCUUUUAUGCACAACCAGAUUGUUCUUGGCACUGAUGUGCUAAACUCAGCCAGCAUUUGAUGUCGAGUUUAACACGAGGUCUUUGCCUUAUUUGCAACUGUCGUUAUUUAAGCGUUGCUUUUCAAAUUCAUUUUCUCUAUUUUAGAAUGAAUUCCUCAUUCGUGUUUACCAAAUGCUGUAGCACGUCCUUGUGCAUACUCGUCUCUGUACGUGUCUGUCCCGCCACUCAAAGGCCCAAGCCGAGAGUAUGGUCCCUGCUACAUGAUUGACUAAGUUGUCUUAACACAAAACCAUAUUAUUCGGGUUGGGAACACUGUUUUAAAUAAAACAUUUUUUAAAGCAAUUACUGUAUACGUACUGAGUAAACUGCCUUUUUUUAAGCCUGCUCUAAAUGCAAAUCAUGCUGGAAAAAGAGGUGAGCCUUAGCUUGUGUUUUUUUAUUUAACCAACUAUUCUAAUAAUGGACUGUGAAUCCUAAAUGUCACCUCAUGUUCGGGUCAAAGGGUUAUAUUGAAAUUAUUUUUUUAUACAUACACUGUACAGUUUAAUAUCCAGUUGCAGGUUGAUUGUGUAGACUGGCUUAUGUCUAAAUGUGAGCAAAGAACUGAUACUCUGACCUGGGGCCUGUCUCGUGAAGCAAUACCAGCGAGUCAGUUUAAGGUGGAUUUCAUAUAAAAGAACCACUUCCCUACUGAUCAAUUGAUUGGGGGAAAUUGACUCACAAUUUUACAUGAGCUCAAUAAACAUAAACACAUAACUUUUGAAUGUCAUGUAUGACACGAUUACAAACGUGGUACAAUCACUUUGUUUUUCCUUAUAAAUUCAGACAUUUUAAAUAGUGAAUGUUUGCAGUAUAAGCCGGUGUCCCACUGUGGCUGUAAAAUGGAAUAAAAACAGUUUCUAAAAGAGCAUUAAA